AUGAGUUCAUCAUCACACAGUCAGUACCUUUUCCUACAGUCAUGCGUCAACAUUUACAAAGACUGCGUCUAUGACCUCGAGGCAGCAAAAGGCCGGCCAAAGCGUAAGCAUGUCGAGUCAAGGGACUCAAAGCUGGGCUCUGACCGUGACCAUGCUGGCAAAGGAGCUGGCUCCCAGGACGGGAAAUCUACUGGACAAUGGGAUCCCAGCCUCCAGGGACCCCUAAUGGGCGAUGACUUAAAAGCAAUGUUCCACGAAUGCUUCAUUAGCAAAGUAGGUAUGCGAGCGACGAUCUUUCAGGGUGCUAUUGCAGCUGGCCAUGAGCGUCUAAAGCAGACUGGAAGCAAUUCUGCGUCUCACGAAGCGCCACAGAGAAUAAGCUACGACGGGUUAAUGAGUUCCAUGACCCGAGAAAUCGUCGAAAUGAUAUCCCUUCGUUUCGGAGACUUGAACUGCGAAGUGGAAGACAACUUCCCUCGACGUUACUGCAUCACAAGCCUCGCUCGAGAUACAACCCAGGAGAUGUUCGACAACACCGUCCCAAGGAAGAACCCGCUGAAGUCCUAUUCUUCGCACCGUAUUCUCCAACUCAUUGACUUGUGGUUUUCUGUCCAUCCCCUGUCCUCCUUGAUUUCGAAAACACUUUUGCUCAGCUCCCUGAAAAACAGCACCUACGACGAGGCUCUCCUGGCAACCAUCCUCUCUGAUGCCUGCCUCGUUCAUGAAAAUGGCCAAAAUUACGACACCGAGGGACAACUCCUCUUCGAGUUUGCAACUUAUCAAAUCCAAAAUCGAAGCGUAUUGAACCGAGAUAUUGCUUCCUCUCAAGCCUUGAUUCUCAUGGCCUGGAGAGAGAUAUGCAUGGGAAACGCUCGACGAGGCUCAUGUCUAACGGCGUAUGCCUGCCGCAUCGUUUCGGAGCUACACAGAGGUCUGAACCAAGGUGUCUCUUCUAACGGAACAAAAUUGAACGGCAUAGAUGUUCGAUAUGUGGAUGGUGAACUAAUCCGGAACAUAUACUGGGUGUGCUGGUCAACUACAGUCUGGUCCUUGAUGCAAAUUGACCAGCCAUACAACCUUCUCCUACCGGAACAAACCCCUUCACAAUUCCCAUUUGUUGACGAAUCCACCUCCAUGACAAUUAGCCUGGACUUGGCGUCAGACAAUGUCUCAACGUUAAGAGCACAAUCAAGGGCCUUACAAGAGCUGUGGCCUCUGAGCCAGGUAGCAAGCACAGCAGCUCAUAUAUAUGCCCUUUGUCCAAGCCCAGACAUUAAAGAUACCCUGGAGACAGUCGAAUGGCAAGCAAGGCACAUCCAUCAACUCCGCCGUCUGCUUAGUUUUCAACUAGAGCUUCCUACCCUCUGCGGUAAAAUCCGACACAUCCUCCUCGAGGCCAUCCGACAAGUUGAACUUGAAGUUGCCCCGGGCUCCACACAAGCGGUUGUGCUUAUUGCAUACCAUACUAUGAUCGUUCACAUGCUAUUUCCCCAGCGACAAACCUCAGACAGCGUCAUUAUCAUGACGCCAGAGCGCAUUAACGAGUUCUGUCAAUCGGCCAAUGCCUUGGUUGCUAUUUCACACUCCGUUAUCUCUCCACAAACCACCAGCCUUCUCCCUGGCCCUGGGCUCAAAACGAAAAACGUCUCCGAUAUCUUUGCUCUUGGCCUCGACGCCUGCAGCCGAGCACUUGCAUAUAUACAUAGCCGUACAAACUGUGGCCGUGAUGAGUACCAGGCAAUAAUGGCCAAAAACAGGCAACUGUUUUACCUUGCACAGCAAUUGCACGAUAUCAGCCGAGGAGAAUUAUCUAGAGCAUCAGCAACCAUGCGAACCAUCAAGAAGCGGCUAAAGUUUGCAAAGGUUGUCUUCUCUUCUAUCAACGAGUCUACACCGCCCCUUGUGCAUAGUGAUCCCUCUCCUAUUGCGCAAUUCCGCUCAAGAAUCCAGAACCUCUCUCAGAGCAGCAAUACAAGCGUAUCAGGGGGCCUGUCACAGCCAGGAUCUCCCAUUCCGGAUGACACAUCUUACCUGUCAGCAAUUCCCAACCAACUACCUCUCGACAUGUUCCUCGGGUCAGAUACCUCCCCAGUAUCCAGCCAAGAUGGGUUUGAUACACUGCAUAUGCACACGUCUGGCUCCUCGCUUGCAACCUUAGACCACAGUGGAAUGACAUCGCCUUUCACUCCAGCUGGUAUGUCACCACUACAGCCACCCAGAAAGAUACGGCGGACUGUUAGUCCGCCCUCCUUUGAAAGUCAGGGGAAAGCUAACAUGUUUGAGCUUUCAGAGCCAGUCAUGUCCUCCAAACCGGAGCAUAUCCCACGCAGCAGUGGAUCUCCAUCCUUGAAUAACGGCUCCAUGUUCCGCAAUGGAGGAGGGAUGGGUUUGAUGGGCCUUGACAUGACGCCAAAUGAUGGCCACAAAAAGUUCCUUGGGGAACCAAUGAACUUCUCUCAACAGCUGUUUAUGUCUUCGGAAAACGAUCCUGACUUCGGGUCUGGGCCUCUUCUCUUUGGAAGCCCCCUGGACACCAAUGGCCAUGGAGAUUUCAAUGGCAUGCCAGAUCUAACUUGCAUAGAAGGCGAGAACGGUUUCAUGCCCUUAGAUCUCGGCUAUCUUGGUUAA